AUUUCUUUGAGUGUAGAGAUAUAUCAUGAUUUAUUCAACUAAUCUAUCUUUGUAAUGUGAUCAUAGUGAAAUUCUUCUUUGUGUUCUUUACUUUCUGUUAUUCUCUUUGUUUGUGAUUCAUCAUUUUCCGAUCAAUUUGAGUGUAUUUAUCAUGCUUUUCCUCACGAAUUAUCGAUCCCAAGAGGAAGUUAAAUGCUAGGAACCAUUCAUAUAGUUAGCAUUACAAAAAUAAAAAAAAAGGUAGUCAUUGAUUCAUCACCAACCAAAGAGAAAAGGUUAUAGGGAAAGAGCAAAAAGAAAACUUUAGGUUCAAGUAUGGGGCCAAAAGGAGCAGAUACAAAUUUGAUGCAAUGAAGUCAACUGCCAAGAAAGAAUCCUUCAAUUGUUUAUGGAGAAACAGAGCUACCAAAAGACUUGAAAUAAGUGGGAAUAAGUAAUAAUGAAGGUGUGUUGUUGGAAUCAUGAAACCUGCUCUGCUUAUCCCAUGCACUACUGGACAAGGCUCUUUCUCCCACAAACCCUUGUUUAAAAGCACUUCUUCUCCCAAACAUUGUAGAACAAAGUGAAAGAGAAAGAGCCAUGUCUUCUUCUAAUUUCUUUGUUUGGCUAAGUCUUUUGCUUUCUUUCUGUACUUCUUCUGCAUUGGCAACAAGACACACUGCUAAACAUUGGCCUAGGGGUGCCUCUACUAGGUUCUAUGAAUUCAAGGUGCAGAAAACUUAUGUGACGAAACUUUGUGAGCGGAAGGAGAUUAUAACCAUUAAUGGCAUGUUUCCGGGACCAGUAGUCUAUGCGCAAGAAGACGAUCGUGUUAUUGUUAAAGUUACUAAUGAGACUCCGCACAAUGCCACCAUCCAUUGGCAUGGUGUACGACAAAGGUUGUCGUGUUGGGCUGAUGGUCCAUCUUACAUCACCCAGUGCCCGAUUCAGGCCGGACAAACAUUCACCUACGAGUUCACUCUCUUUCAACAGAAGGGUACUCUUUUAUGGCAUGCCCAUGUUUCUUGGCUUCGCGCCACAGUGCAUGGUGCCAUUGUUGUCUACCCAAAGCCUGGUGUUCCUUAUCCUUUUCCACAUCCAUAUGAAGAACAUAUACUUGUUCUCGGUGAAUAUUGGUUCAAGAAUGCAUUGAAGCUUGAGAAGCAAGUGCUAGCCAGUGGCGGAGGUGCUCCGAUCGCUGAUGCGUUUCUUAUCAAUGGACAUCCAGGCCCCCUCUACAAUUGCUCGUCUAAUGAUGUCUAUCAAAUAGAAGUGAUGCCCGGCAAGACGUAUUUGCUGAGAAUAAUUAGCGCUGCACUGAACAUGGAACAUUUUUUCUCAAUCUCCAAUCACAAGAUGACAAUUGUCGAGGCGGACGGAGAGUACACAAAACCAUUCACCGUCGAUCAGCUCAUGAUCACCCCCGGCCAAACAAUCAACGUCCUUGUCCACGCCGACCAACCCAUCGGCAAAUAUGACAUGGCCAUGGGCCCAUACAUGUCGGCGCAGAACAUUCCAUUCCAGAACAUCACUGCCAUUGCACACUUCCAAUACACAGGUGCCUCCAUAACAUCCAUUGGUGUCCCGGCAGAGCUUCCGAGCUUCAACAACAACCUCGCCGUGAAAUCCCAUUUAGAUGGUCUAAGAAGCUUGAAUGCCACAGACCUCCCAUUGGAAAUCGACACGAAUCUAUUCUUCACAAUCGGAUUGAACGUCGAAGAAUGUCACUCAACAACGCCGAACAAAAGCUGCCAAGGACCGAAUGGCGGCGUUUUCGCCGCAUCAAUGAACAACAUCACAUUUGUGAAGCCUCAAAUUGCAUUGCUGCAAUCUUAUUAUGAAAGCAUUCAAGGGAAAUACAGAGAGGAUUUUCCUAGUGUGCCAAUGAAGGUAUAUGAUUAUGUGAAUGGAGCACCAAAUAAUUUUCCAAAUGAUACAAACUCAUUGAAUGGGACAAGAGUGAAGGUGUUGGAAUAUGGGAGUAGAGUUCAGUUGAUAUUGCAGGACACUGGGACAGUUACAACAGAAAACCAUCCCAUACAUUUGCAUGGAUAUAGUUUCUAUGUGGUUGGGUAUGGGAGUGGAAAUUAUAAUCCAAUGACUGCUAACCUUAACUUGGUUGAUCCACCUUAUAUGAACACUAUUGGUGUUCCUGUUGGUGGUUGGGCUGCUCUCAGGUUCACUGCUGAUAAUCCUGGUGUGUGGUUCAUGCAUUGCCAUCUAGAAAUCCACACAUCAUGGGGCUUGUCCAUGGCGUUCAUUGUUAAGAAUGGGCAAGGGCCAUUGGAGACGCUUCCUCAUCCUCCAUCAGACCUACCAAAGUGCUAA